AAAGUAAAUUUUUUCAAAACGCAAAAUAGCAAAAGUAAAUUUUUUUUUUUUUUUUUCAAAAACGCAUAUAAUUUUAUCUUAAUGUACUAAAAUAUAGCAAACAAAAGAUUGCAARAUGAAUACAGGUAACGAGAGGUUAAUCGAAGCUAAAGUUUGUACACGUGCGAAUUAUGGGUACGUGAAGUUGCCACGUCUUAAAAUAACCAGAUUGGGCGUGCCUUUGGCUAAACGUCCAACUGGAUUCGUAUCGCUACAAUUGUUCCACCAGGACUUAAAGGAUCGGGCCAGACGCAUUCAAUUGGCCAAAAAGCGUCUCAAAAAUAUGGUCUCUGUAUCGACACAGACCGAUAGCAAACUGGUUCUGUUGUGGAGUCAAAGGAUGGUGACUACUUUGCACUACUUGCAGCCGUCGCUUGAGGAGCAGUCCUACAACUAUAUCGAUAAAUAUUUUAACCGGAAGACCAGUAAGAUUGUACACAUUGUGCUAAUUGCUCUAAUCACUUUGAUCAACAUUUGCGUUAUCAUUGGCUUAUAUGAGAGGACCAAGCACCAUUUGUAUUAAAUUCUAGUUAUCAGCUAG